UUUAGAAAUCAAUAUAUUUUAUAUAAUGUCUCCUGAAACUUUGAUUUUGGACAAUGGUUGUUUUAAUAUUAAAAUUGGAUAUGCAGGUUCUAAUUCGAGAUUAUUUCCAAAUGCCAUAAUUAAAUCCAAAUUUGACAAAAAACGUGUUUAUAUAGCCGAUGAAAUUGAACAAUUGUCUGAUAAAACUUCUUUGUAUUUUUCCCUUCCAAUUGAGCGCGGAUAUUUAGUUAAUUGGGAUACACAAUUACAAAUUUGGAAUAAAUUGUUUGGAAAGGAUAUUUUAAAUGUAGACUAUAAAAAUUGUAGAAUAAUUUUGACUGAUCCUUCUGAUAUUUCGAGAGCAUUUUCUGAAGACAACACAGAAGAAAUAAUUUUUGAGAAUUAUUGUUUUCAUUCUUUAAUUAGAACCUCUGCCCCUUCUUUGACUGCCCAAAUUCAUUGUUCUUUUGAAAAUCCUUGUUGUAUUAUUGUUGAUUCUGGACAUUCUUUUACUCAUAUCGUUCCAUAUAUUCAAGGAAAAAUUGCAAAAAAUGGAGUUUUGAGAAUCGAUGUUGGUGGCAAAGCUCUUACAAAUCAAUUAAAAGAUUGGAUUUCUUAUAGGCAAUUAAAUGUUACUGACGAAACUUAUGUAAUUAAUUGUUGUAAAGAAGAUGUUUGUUUUGUCUCUACAGAUUUCCAAGAGGAUAUGAAAAAUUGGAGGUCUAAAAGAUUGGAUUACUUACUGCCUGAUUUUGUAACAUUAAUGAGAGGGGAAGUGAGUUUUUUCAUCUUUUAUUCUUAA